UUGAUAUUGCAGGUAUUAUUUUUUGUUUGUUUCGUUGAAGAGUUGCUAUGGCUGGCUUUAUCCAUUGUUGCAGAAGACGUAUUGCCAGUGAUAACAGAGCACCCGUUGGAUGUGAUCGUAGCCAAGGGUGAACCGGCUGCGUUGAAUUGCGCUGCGAAAGGUCGAGAUCUCGAGAUAUCUUGGUAUAAAGACGGCGUUAAAGUGAUCACAAACAAGGAUGAGACGACCUCACAUCGUUUAAUUUUACAGACCGGUGCUUUGUUCCUGUUACGUGUCAAUAACGGUAAGAGUGGAAAGGAUGCAGACUCGGGAACGUAUUAUUGUGUUGCGAAGAAUAAAUAUGGUGAGGCUAGAUCGCGAGAAGCCUCGUUGAAAAUAGCGAUGCUCAGGGAUGAUUUUCGAACGAGGCCGCGCACAACACAGGCAGUGAUCGGUAAUCGAGCCGUAAUGGAGUGUGUGCCUCCGAGAGGUUUUCCUGAACCGGUUGUCUCAUGGCGAAAGAAUGAUGUGGAGUUUAGAGCGCAAGAUGAUGAUCGAGUAACGAUGUUACCAUCUGGCAAUUUGAUAAUUGAUAAGGUGCAACGCUCGGACGCCGGUCUUUACCAGUGUAUCGCCACGAAUAUGGUCGGGCAGAAGGUGUCUAGCCCUGCGCGACUCUCAGUUUAUGAGAAGCCUUAUUUUCUGCAAGAACCGCGAGACGUGACCGCAGAUGUGGGUACCUCAGUGCUGUUCGAUUGUCGUGUGUCGGGUGAUCCGAUGCCGUCGAUUACUUGGAAGAAACGAAAUCAGCAGAUGCCAGUUGGUCGGGCUUAUAUAGCCACUGAUAAUCGGGGUCUACGAAUAGAUCGGAUCGAGGCGAGUGAUGAAGGUGAGUACCUGUGUCAAGCGAAGAAUCCAGCGGGCAGUAUCGAGACAUCGGCACGCUUGAGGGUGCAUUCGGCACCGACCUUUAUCAAGACGCCUCUGGAUGUGAGUGUCGAGUCAGGUCAGAGUGUUCACUUCGACUGCGAAGCGCAAGGACAACCGCCUCCUGCUAGUUUCUGGUCAAAGGAGGGACAGCAAGAUCUACUAUUUCCUGGGCACACGUCACUGGAUGGACGCGCAAAAGUUUCGUUAGAUGGUCGUUUAACGAUAACAGAUACACGGCCUGCCGAUGAGGGUAAUUAUGUGUGUGCAGCGAUGAAUGCAGCUGGUAGUACGUUGGCUAAAGCGCAACUGAAAGUGGACUCGAAAACGUUGCCAUCGAAUCCACCGCCGAUUAUCGAGCACGCUCACUCGAAUCAAACGCUUAUGGUGUCUGCAUCGGCGAUAUUGCCGUGUCAAGCGAGUGGUCGAGUGACACCGCAAAUCGACUGGUUGAAGAACGGUGAAUUGAUCAUCAAUGAAAUCGCUAAUGACGAACGAUUCACACAACUCAAUACCGGUUCACUGCGUAUCUCUGACCUGAGGAAAUCGGAUACUGGUCUGUAUACGUGUCGUGCACGCAACGUUGACGGUGAAUCCACAUGGACGGCCUCACUGAUCGUGGAAGAGCAUACGAAUCCGUCAGUAACGUUCAAUCGAAUGCCCGAUAUGUCGACGUUCCCGUCAGCACCGGGCAAGCCAGUCGUCUCGAACGUCACGGACAGCAGUGCCACCAUCCAGUGGACGGCUCCGGAGAAGAGUGGUGCGACAUUGGUCACCGGCUAUAUUCUGCAGUACUUUUGUCGUGAACUUGGAGAGACGUGGUUUAAUGUGGCGAAUUUCAUCUCGACAACUCGAUACCGCAUCAACGAAUUGAAACCGUCGCAUUCGUACGUGUUUAUUGUGCGUGCAGAGAAUUCGCAUGGAAUCGGGGCACCGUCCGAAAUGAGUGAUGUGGUGAGGACGAAGCCGACUCGUGGUGAGUGUUCUGUUGCUGCAGCAGCAAUGUUUGCGAUGGCUAUUGCUUCUAACGGCGUGUUGCUUUCAGCUGAAAAAGAACUGAAAAGUGCAAACUCGGAUUUGGAGUUGGCCAGACAACGUAUUGCAUCGGAGCAAUUGCUGAAGUUGGAUGAAGUGAAGACGAUCAAUUCAACUGCUGUACAGCUUACGUGGAAGAAACGACGCAGCGAACCAUUGAUCGAAGGCUAUUACAUCAAAUGGCGCAGUAUAAAGAGCUGGCAUAGCGGUGAAAAUGGCUGGUUGAAUGUGUCCAAAUCGAGCAUGACCUCGUUCGUCAUCAACAAUCUGAAGGCGUUCACCACCUACGAGUUCUUUGUGAUACCGUAUCAUAAGAGCGUUCAAGGCAUGCCGUCGAACUCGCUGGACGUGACUACCGAUGAAGCUGCACCAACAUCACCGCCGAGUGAGGUGCGUAUUCGAAUGAUGAAUUUGACAACGUUACGAAUCUCAUGGCGACCACCUGCAUCGGACGGUAUCAAUGGUAUCUUGAAAGGAUUUCAGAUAGUGAUACUGGGCAGUGAUGCGAAGUACAAUCGAAAUAUCAGUACAAACGAACGUGCCGCCAGUGUGACACUGUUUCAUCUGGUUCCGUCGAUGAGUUAUAACAUUAAAGUGGCGGCGAAGAGUAACGCUGGUGUGGGUGUGUUCACACGUGUUUUUCGUGUUACGAUGGACGAAGAAACACUCGAGGAACAUAAUCGUUUGAUGAGUGGCAUUGGGACGGCAUCGGAUCGUCUGCUGUACGUGAUCAAACGACCGUGGUUCAUCGCCGUUUCGGGUGUCUUAAUGUGGAUUCUUUUUGUGGCUCUAAUUGCGCUUAUUUGGUGGCGAUGGAAGCGCUCAAAGGGAAAGGACGCUGGAAUGCCCUUCAUAAAGAUCAACGACGGCAGUGUGCAUUUGACGGCUCGUGACGCACUCUGGAUGGAUCACACCAACUUUAACAUGAACACGGCGCAACGCACACUGUUGCUCAACACGAACAACAGUCAGAAUGCGGCUGCGGCUGCUGCGGCAGCGGCGUCGUUGCCCUACAUCGGUAACGAGUACAACUGCAAACCACCAACAGCACCCUCCAAUGUCGACUACUACAUCGACCACCGUCACUACAACGACAGCAGCACAACGACAACGCACUCUCCGAACCACUAUCAAUACGCCACCACAACCGGUAGCACUCCAACGGCGGCAGCAGCAGCAGCAGCUACUUAUGGUGGUGUUCAGCCGUGUGCGGCCGAUGCGGUAAAUACGAUCAUGUCGACGUUUUAUGCCACCAAUAAUCUCAUGGCUGGUGGUGCAGCUGUGAAGCCGUCCAGUUUUCACCAGCAGCCACAAAUAAUGGUUCGUUUGUUCGGUUUGGUUUGGUUUCAUUUUCGUUUAGUUAUUAUGGUGCUACGCCUGCCANAAGAUGCGAGAUGGUUGAAAGAACACAUGCUCAGGGCGCCCACCCCGCUUCUGCCCAGUAAUCCGGUGCCAUCCGAGCCACCGCCACGCUUUCAGGAUAUCGCAUUCAACACACCUUCUUCACAACUGAAUGGAUGUUCAUCGUUAUUGUUAGCAAAGCGAAUACAUAACACCAACAAACGUCAUCUAAGAGAUAUGUCGUCGCCAAUUAAUCAUCAUAAAAGUAAAAGUGGCCGACGAACACCACCCAAGCAAACGCUACUCGAUUUAAUGCCACCUCCACCGCCAGGCGAACCGCCUCCUGAAAAUAUUAUGCAAGAGUAUUUGAAUGAGGUGCAAGUGCGUGGUACUGCUGCUGAAGAGAAUGCGAACGAUCAUUACGAUGCUGUAUCGGAUUCACUGUUAUUGCCAUCGCAUUAUUGCACCGCAUCUAGAAGUAUUAAUAAUGAUAAACGUAUUCACGACGACGUGACUAACAAGGAUAUUGCGAUCAGCAAUGAUACGUCUGCAUCGUCAUCGUGCUCAUCGACGCUCAAUCAGGAGAUAGUGCGGUUGAAAGCGAACGAGCAACAUUACUCAGAUUCAAGAUUAACAACGGCAGCAGCAGCAAAUGAAGCGGAUAACGAGAUGGAUGCAUCGUAUGCGUCCAGUGCGCAUCGACGUCAGCAGCCGUGUAUGGGUAUCAAUGCUGUUUCGAGUCUAUCGUGUUAG